AUGUCUCUCCCCAAGACUUACAAGGCCAUGGUCACCCUCGAGGCCAACGCCCCCUUCACCCAACAAGAGCGUGAGCUAAAGAUGCCCGGCCCGGGCCAAGUCCUCGUCAAAGUCCUCGCCUGCGGCGUCUGCUCCUCAGACGUCUCCGUCAUCAGCGGCCACGUGGGCCCCGUGUUCCCUCGAGUCACCGGCCACGAACUCGUCGGCGACGUCGUUGCCGUUGGCGAAAACGUGAGCCGCCUCACCGUCGGCCAGCGAGUCGGCGGCCCCUGGCACGGUGGGCACGACGGAACUUGCCGCCAGUGCCAGCGCUCCCAAUUCCAGUAUUGCGACAGCCAGGCCGUCAACGGCGUCAGCUUCGACGGCGGCUAUGCCGAGUACGUUCUGCUAAGAGACGAGGCCGUUGUGCGCGUGCCCAAGGAAGUCGACCCAGCGGAAAUCGCACCCUUCUUGUGUGCUGGCGUCACCGUCUUCAACGGAAUCCGCAAGCUGCACGUUGAGCAGGGAGGAAACGUCGUCGUCAACGGCCUCGGUGGACUGGGCCAUCUCGCCGUGCAGUUCGCCAACAAGAUGGGCUACGAAGUGAUUGCCCUCUCGUCGGGAGACGACAAGGCCGCUUUUGCCAAAGAGCUCGGCGCCCACCACUACAUCAACACCAAGACGUCCGAUGCCGUCGCCGAGAUCCUCAAGCUGGGCGGCGCCGACAUCAUUGUGCAAACCGCCCCCAGCCCCGAGAUGAUCAGCGCCCUCGUCAAGGCCUUGGCGCCUGGGGGAAAGCUCCUGAACCUGACCCUUCUCGGACCUGUUCCCAUCGACACUGUGGCUCUUGUGACGAAGGGAUCGAGCGUUCACGGCUGGGCGAGUGGACACGCGAUUGACAGCGAGGAGGCGAUUCAGUUUGCUGUUCGACACGGGAUCCGCUGCUUGGUCCAGCGAUACCCUCUGGCGGAGGCGCAGAAGGCGGUGGAUGAUUUGAUUGCCGGAAAGCCUCGAUUCAGGAACGUGUUGGUGAUGGACCAGUGA